GCCGCCACCAGCAGUAAUGUCACCAACAAUAAUAAUAGCAAUAUCCACACGCCAACCAGCCACAGCACCUUGCAUCUACACACCUCAGCCUCCUCCAGCAGUAACAGCAGUGCCAGUAAAGUGCCAAGGAGGAUCAUGGAGGGGCCAGGCCUGGAGCACUUCAUAGCAAACAGUGGCCUGCCUAACAGAACACUUGCAGCCAGAGAACUUGAUAACGUGUCCCAUCCUUACCUAGAACCAGCGGACAUCAGUGGGCAUGGCCGGAGGGUUUAUUUUGACGUGUAUGGCUGCCAGAUGAACGUUAGUGACACCGAGAUAGCCUGGUCAGUGCUUAAGGACCAUGGCUAUGUCCGUGCCCAAGAGAUAGAGGAGGCAGAUGUGGUGCUGGUAAUGACGUGUGCAAUAAGAGAAGGUGCCGAGGACAAGGUGUGGAACAAGCUGAAGUACUUGGGGAGCCUCAAGAAGAAGCGCAUGAGAAUGAAAAAUGCCAUGCCUGUGAAAAUUGGUGUCUUAGGGUGCAUGGCCGAGCGACUCAAGAAAAAAUUGGUGGAGCAGGAGAAGAGCGUGGACGUGGUGGCUGGGCCUGACAGCUACAGGGACUUGCCGAGACUACUAGCACUGGUUGAUGAGGGAAAAGCAGCUGUUAAUGUACUUCUAUCAAUGGAUGAGACAUAUGCAGACAUUGUGCCAGUAAGCUUGACAACCAGUAGAAUGUCUGCCUUCAUCUCCAUCAUGAGAGGUUGUGAUAACAUGUGCUCCUAUUGCAUUGUGCCUUUCACUCGAGGCAAGGAGAGGUCACGAGACAUCCAGUCCAUUCUUGGGGAAGCACAACACCUGUCAGACCAAGGUGUUAAAGAGAUAACAUUGUUGGGCCAGAAUGUUAACAGUUACAGAGAUGUAUCACAUACGACUCACCAGGGACUGUCGCUUGCGGAGAAGGAUGAGACUAAUCUGGCUAGAGGUUUCAAGACAGUUUACAAGCCAAAGAAAGGUGGACUAAGGUUUGCAGAUCUCCUGGACAAAGUAUCACAGAUCAACCCAGAAAUGCGGAUCAGGUUUACCUCUCCUCACCCGAAAGACUUCCCAGAUGAAGUAUUGUAUUUGAUUAAAGAGAGGAACAACAUAUGUAAACAGAUCCACCUUCCAGCACAGUGUGGCAGUACAAGAGUCUUGGAGCUCAUGCGAAGAGGCUAUACAAAGGAAGCCUAUCUUGAUCUGGUUGCACACAUUCGGUCUGUAAUCCCAGGUGUAUCUCUGACAUCGGAUUUCAUUUGUGGCUUCUGCUCUGAAACUGAAUCAGAUUUUCAAGAAACCUUAUCCUUACUUCAGGAUGUGAAGUAUAACUUCUGUUACCUCUUCCCUUAUAGUUUGAGAGAAAAGACGCAUGCUCACCGUAGGCUUGUAGAUGAUGUUCCACAGCUAGUGAAACUGGAUCGCUUGGACAGGAUGGUGAAAGUGUUUCGUUCUGAACUGGUCAAGAUAAACAGAGCUCAGGUUGCGCAGCAGCAGUUGGUCUUAGUGGAAGGAACAAGUAAAAGAUCAGAAUUACAACUUGUGGGUAGAAAUGAUGGCAACACAAGGGUUAUCUUCCCUAAUGUGGAGCUUGAGAAAGAUGGCCAAGCACAGAAGAUCCAGCCUGGAGACUACAUUUCCGUAAUGAUCACGGACUCGUCAUCGCAAGUUUUGAAAGGAAUUCCUUUAAAAACAACUACACUCCAAGCUGGUGCAUAAAAGAAAAUUAGCAUUUUAUACUGGAAAGACUCCAAAAGUUGUUUUCAAAGGACAUGAAGGAAUCUCUUGGUAUCAGUGAGGAGUUUUGUCCUAAAAGUUGUUAGAUGUGACUAAUAUCAUCAUGUAGGACUGGGCAGGCAACAACAAUUUCAGUUUCCUGCAAGCACCAAAACUAGUGAAGACUGUGGAACUGGGAAUACUGACUUUGGUAGUGAUUGGAGCUAGAGGCAGAGGGGUGCACAGUGAUCACAGCAGUCAUAAUACUGAGGAGUCUGUACAGACUCACACCAACAUUAAAUCUUUAGUACUAACUGUGGGCACCUGGCAAACUGGCAGCUCAGUGGUACUAUAGCAGAUCCACUUUAGUGAGAUCCCCAAGUCUCAUGAUUUCUAUAGUCACGCUGGCCUUCAGUGGCGAGAGUCCCCCCCGUUUUGGGAGGAUCCACCCGGAGCCUGACAGCCUCGUGCUGCUGAUUGGUUUACUGACAGCAUGGCUGUUGUAGAUGGAUGGAUGCACUUUCAUUGAUCAUGUAUUUUGUGGUCAAGUACUAUCAGAGUUGUGUUCUGAGACGUUCAGUCCUCAUCAUAAAUGGAUGCUCUGUCGCCUGCGAUGAAAAACAUCCAAGAGAAUAACUAGAAUAGUUAUUGAAAUGUGUUGGUAAACACUUUUCGGAAACUCCUGCCCGAGUCAGAGAUGUCAGGAGACAGUUCCCGUCCAUGUUCCCGUGACCCUUCGGAAUGUCAAACCUAAGCCAGUAAUGACUUUACCUGAGGCUUAACGGAGGGAUUAAAAGAAGAUAAAGGUUAAUUAGGGCAGCAGCAAAGGAGGAUGAAAAAUUAUUGAAGGUGUGUGUGUGUGUGUAUGAGAGAGAGAGAAAGAGAUCAGAGUAACAGGGAUGAGCAAAGAAACCACAAUGCCAGCGGGAAUAGGGAUUAUAAACGAAAGCCAGAGUAGGAAAAAUGACUCUUCCUCAUGCCUUCCCAUUGGCCAAGCUGCACCCACCCAUAGCCAAUCCCAUGGGUUCUGAGGGGGGGUUGAGGGAGCCCCCUCUCGCCACUGAAGGCCGGCUUGACUAUAGCAAGCUGACUGGCUGUUGUUUUUAAAAGGAGGUGGGUAUGGUCUCACCUCUGUAACCCAACACCCUUUAAGUAGCCUCAGAAACUACUCACAUUUCAUUUACUUAGCUCACCUGUUAUACCAGAUAGGAAAUUUAGUUGGAAAGUAACAUUUAAUGUUUUAUAACUUUAUCAUCCAUACUUGCAGCAAUAAUGGAAUUAACUUUAACAUAGGAUAUUUCUUCCUGAACAGAAAUUCUUCUGAAUAUAAUGAUACUUUCAGAACUUAAAUAAGGUGAGGGAUAAGGAGAGACAAGGAUGGAUUCCUAUGAAAAUGUUGCAUCCUGAUUAACCAACUUAUUUUAAGUGAUACUGUCCAGGUCAGUAACAUCAUUGAUUAAUAAUGAUGCAACAAACAAAUCCUUUACAUUUUCCUAAUUUGUAGUUUUUUAUCCAAAGUCUAGAAGGAUCAUUAUACUUAGGAAAAUAUUGAGUACAAGAGCAUUGAUUCCAUUUGAUGCAAAUAUCAAUAAUAAGUUGUAUAAAAUAUUCUAUGUGAAGUAUCAAGUUUUGAAGAUGUAAACAAAAUUUGCCUGUAGUCUAACAGGUGAGCUAAGUAAAGAAAUGCGAACAUUUUCUGUGGGUGUUGGGUGGCAGAGGUGAGACUCCAUAUCCUCCUCCGUUGUAAAAAGAAGUCAAUCAGCAGCCUCAUUACCACCCAGGCUGAGAAUCUCCACUUUUCUAGCUUGAGAGACUUCACUAUGGCCUCAUAAUUAGGCAAUGUAAAGUGUAUGCAAUGCCUUCGUGUUCUGGCUCCUGAGUCUCGCUCUUUCUUAAUGGCCAACACAAGCACCUGGUGGUAACAAUGCCUACCCAACCCAACGUUACUAAAAAGCCCACCAAUAUUCUUCGAGAGUUUGUAUGUGUAGUAUGUUACAGUGCUAUUUUUCCACAGUAUACAUGAACAUUGUUAUUAAUAAAAAUAUUUAAUACAUA